GAAUCCGACUUCUUAAUAAAUUCAUAUGAAAAGAACAGGACUCCCAGUUCUCUCUCUCUCUCUCUCUCGAUUGAAGUCGACAGCUAAAGUUCGUCUCUCACAAGGUCUUCUCAUCAUUUCAGCUUAUUUCUUCAAUUGCAUACCAAAAGAAGGUUUAAUUUAACUUUCACUUUUGCCUUCAUUGUCGGACCAAUGCCUUCUGCCACCUAUCCUCAGUGGCAGGAGAAGGCUAGUGGUUUCUUUUCUUCCUCUGGGGUGAAACUUAAAGAAGCAGGACAAACAGCUGGAACAUUUGUUGGAGAAGUUGCGAAAGAUGCAAAAGGUAAUGUUGCUGAUGUGGCUGAACGAGUUGGGUCAAUAUUCAAAAGUCGAUGGGCACUUCUUCAGCAGCCAUCAACAAGGCAUGCUGUACAGGAACGUCUCAUAUCUGCUGCUGCUACAACUGCCACAUUGAUGAGGAAAGGCCUUUCUGAGACAAAGGACAAGGUUGCUGUUGGGAAGAUAAAAGUAGAAGAGGUGGCAAAAAAGACAUCACAGAAAAGUAAGAAUAUCUUGACUGAUAUUGAGCGCUGGCAGAAGGGAGUUGCCAGCACUGAUGUAUUUGGGGUUCCAGUUGAGGUUACUGUCCAGCGACAAGAAUCAAGCAGGCCUGUUCCUCAUAUUUUGAUCAGAUGUGCAGAUUAUCUCAUUUUAUCAGGAUUAAAUUCACAGUACCUGUUUAAAGCUGAAGGAGAUAAACGAGUCAUUGAGCAAUUGGUUUCUGCGUAUAAUGAAGAUGCAAGUGCGUCAUUGCCUGAGGGUUUAAAUCCAGUUGACGUGGCAGCUUUAGCCAAAUAUUACCUUGCAAGCCUCCCUGAACCACUAACAACAUUUGAACUUUAUAAUGAGAUACGGGAUUCUCGUUCUAGUGUGCAUGCAAUGAGAAACACGCUUAAGAAGCUGCCAACUGUAAACUACAUGACAUUGGAGUUUAUAACUGCACUGUUGCUUCGUGUUAGCCAGAAGUCGCUUCUUAACAAGAUGGAUGCUCACAGUCUUGCUAUGGAAAUAGGCCCUGUGAUUAUGUGGCGGGAUGGACAGAAGCCAGAAUCAUACAGGCAAUAUUGGAGACAUUCAUCCAAAAGUCCUAAGAAAAGCAUGGAUAUGACACCUGUUUCUCCAUGGGACAUGCUUGCUGAAGAAGGCGAAGAUAUGGAUGCUUCCUCAGCCAUUCCCUUGGAUGAUGACAUACCCAUUGAUUUUGGAGCAAUAGAGGUAGUUCAGUGUCUUAUAGAGCAUCACAAUGCAAUAUUUACGGAUGCAAACGAGACCAUAUGGAGAUGAAGCUGAUCAAAGUCACAUCGAAUUUAGAGGUGGACAGUAUGGGCAACUGCUUCACAAAGAGUUCUAAAUUUACUUAAAGAUGGCCAGUGACCAAUUUACCAUUUACAGAAUGCUUUCUUAACCAAAACUUGGCGAGUGAAUGGAUGUGGUUGUGUAAAUUUUAGUGACUAGGGAGUUGUAUAAAUCAAUAUCUCUAUUUGAUAAGAUGUUGAUUUUUUGUCUUAAAUUGUCUGCUUUGGGAAAAAGGUAUUCUGCUUGGUGCAACAAGAUUUAUGUAGUCUUGGACGCUUGUUCUGCA